AUGUCUACCCUCGCCGAGUCCGUCUCCACCACCGCCGCGGCCGCAGUGCCGCGCGUCCCCAUCCCACCCAAAGGCGUCGACUACCGCGGCAAAGUCGUCCUCGCCCCAAUGGUCCGAUCAGGCGAACUCCCCUCACGCCUACUCGCCCUACACUACGGCGCCGACCUAGUCUGGGGUCCCGAGACCAUCGAUCGCUCGCUCAUCGGUGCCGUGCGCCGCGUGAACCCGCGCAACGGAACUAUCGAAUUCACCCGCGUCCCCUCCAACGGCGGCCGUGUCGAAAAAGCCGCCAAAGAAUCGGUCAUCUACCGACUCGACCCUGUUCGCGAGAAGGGGAAACUCAUUUUCCAACUCGGUACUGCGAACCCCGAUCUCGCCGUGCAGGCGGCAAAGGUUGUCGCGGGGGAUGUUUGGGGUAUUGAUGUCAACUCUGGCUGUCCGAAGCCGUUCAGUACCAGCGGCGGCAUGGGCGCUGCGCUGCUACGCACACCCGAUAAACUAGUUUCCAUUCUGGAGACACUCGUCCGUGAAGUCGGUGAACCUUAUCAGAUCGGUAUCUCCGUGAAAAUCCGCAUCCUGGAGACUCCCGAACUCACCGAAGCCCUCGUUUCCCGCCUCGUCCGAACCGGUAUCACAGGUCUAACCGUCCACUGCCGCACAACUCCUAUGCGUCCCCGGGAGCGUGCCAUCCGUCACCAGCUCCGCAUGAUCGCAGAGAUCUGCCACAAGGCCGGCGUAGCAUGCGUGAUGAACGGCGACGUGACCUCCCGCGACAACGCCUUGCAACUCAUGAACGAGUUCGGCGUGGACGGCGCCAUGAUCGCCGUUUCAGCAGAAGCCAAUUCAUCCUGUUUCCGCACUGAAGCAGACGGCGGUCUCGCGCCCUGGAAAGACGUGGUCUACCAAUAUCUCAAAUUCUGCAUUGAAAGCGAGAACCGCUACGGAAAUACAAAGUACCUCCUCAACAUGUUGAUCCCCGGCAAAUCCAAGGAAUUUAAGGACGCAAAGCUGUCAAAGACAUACACCGAUGUCUGCCGGCGUCUGGAAUUCGAUGACCUAGUGCCCCAGGCCCUUCAACUCGAUGAGAUCCUCGACCUCACCCAUAAACAGGAGUCAGGUGACGUAAAAGCAGAAGCAGAACAACCCGUUUCCUCCAAGGCCGUGCAAAACGCCAAGGAGAAUAACGAGUCUGCCCGUGCCGCUGGUGGAGGUAACACAAGACCACCAAAGUCAAACUCUUCCGCAAAGCAUAAUGUUGGUGGUCCCAUCCGCACCUCGUCUAUCCCACAGCCAGCUAAGCCUGCAUCCACAUCCGAGCAGGCCCCUACAACUACAGCCUCGACUACCGUUGAUGUUGAUCCGUCAGUCCCCGCUGCAGAGAUCCCUCAGCAGUCCGCCGUUGCAGUAUAG